AUGGAUUACGUUAGGAAAGCUAUAUGGGGGCCCGAUCCAAAGGAGCAGCAUAAGAUAAUUAAAUCAACAUUAAGGAGAAACGGUCGGAGUAUAGAUAAGUCGCUACGAGAUCUUUCAAUACUUCAGAAUAAGACUCAACAGCUGAUCAAGCGGGCUGCAAAGAAGAACGAUGUCAAGACCGUUAGGCUGUAUGCGAAGGAGCUUCACGCAAUCAACAAGCAGUACAGUAGGAUGUACACCUCCAAGGCACAACUGGAGUCAGUAGGGAUGAAGAUUGAAGAAGCAUUCCGAAUGAGAACAUUAUCGAACCAGAUGGCAGACAGUACAGGGCUGAUGCGAGAGGUGAACUCUCUUGUUAGGCUGCCUCAGUUGCAGGGAACAAUGAUCGAGCUGGAGAAGGAACUGAUGAAGGCGGGAAUCAUAAGCGAGAUGGUUGACGAUACAAUGGAAGCUGUACAAGAUCAGGACGAAGAGCUUGAUGAGGAGGUUGAAAAGGAGGUUAACAGAAUAGUAGAACAAUACACCACUCAGAAAUUCGAGAAAGUCGACCAUGUUCCCAUUGCCGAGCCGCCAUCUAUUGAGAAGGAAGAGGAGGUUCCGGAAGACAAGAUCGACGAAGAAGCUGAUAACAUGCUGAGCGAAAUGCGGGAAAGAUUGAAGGCUCUGCAAAGUUGA